AUGGAUUGGUUGCAUAUUUUAUUCAACCCUUCACAACUGGACCCGCUCCUGGAAAGUAUGGACUGGAGAGCCAUCGUCGAUCUUAUGAAAGAUUUUAUCCUCAAUUCCGUUGUUGAUGGUAGCUUUUCCCUGUCAGCUGCUGCUGUUUACAACGAUUUGAAGGCAAACGCGUGUCGAUUGUUCGCCCUGAAAAUUGCAUCCUCGUCGCAUUGGCACUUCGACACACUUCUGGAGUUACCUUUACCGAAACAGAUGGCGUUGUUCAAAGGAUUAUUAAUAGAAGCUGGUGUUCAUCCAACCGAUGAAGUGCAUAACAUGGCAUAUUUUGCGUCCAUGUCGUCGCACCAACGAGGAAGUGCGGAACUUUUUAAUCGCUGGUGUCUGCGUGCGUAUGUGAAACAAGUUGUGCACAACGUUCCGCUGAAAGAAGCGUUUGUUCCAUCGACGGUGUUGAUUCGUGAAAAAGUGAUGAGAGGGAACGAUGAUGAUGACAGCGAGGAAAGUGAAGAAGUAGCGAACCGCGCUCGUCUUGCGGCGGAUUUUUUGCGUGAGUCUGUUGUUUUAACUGACCCGAGAAGUUUCCUGGCCCCAGAAUGCUUCGUUGUCAAGUCCACAAGUAUGCACAUUGACUGGAGGAAAGCGAAGAAUGUGAACUUGAAUGAGUCUAGUUGUCUGAGUUAUUUCGAUUUGGGGAUGUUUUAUUUUCUCACUGAAAAUUUUGCCGAAUCUCGUCUGUGUUUUCAAAAGCUUUUAAGCCUCGCAAAUGAUCUGGGAUCUGAAAGCUGUGAUAAUCUGCAUCUGAAUAUGGAAGUCCUUCGCGGUUACGCUAUGGCCCUAAACCUAGAAACAGGCGAUAACAGUAUUUCAGCAAGAGAAAUUUCAAAGAAAAUGAAGCUUGUGGAUGAAAGCGGCGAUUUUCAUGAAGUGCCGUCUGGAACUGACGUGAACGAGAAGGUUAUUUUAGAAGAUGCCUUCUGUGAAGCGGUAUUGAAUUCCGGUUGUGUGAUGUGGAAUUUCGUUGGAUUCUGUAAAGCCAAACGGAGGCCUCAUUUGCUGCAUAUGUGCGAAAGAAUUAUGGCUGCUGGUCCAGAAGACAAAGUGAAACGCUUGAAAAUGUACGUUGUCAAAAUGCUUUUGAGAGGAGUUCCGAUCGCUGAUCUGUUCCUCGAAGAAAAGAAAUUCAUAUCUCCUGCUGAGUACUUAAUUGUCAGGCGUGCUUUGUAUCAUCGAGAAGUGUACAAACGAAGAUUGCUCAGUUCAUCACUUCCAUGGAAAUCCUUGCAUAAUUCAUCUGGUCCAGUCACAUUCACACUGCUGAAUUCCUUGUCUGCCACCUACAAUCCAGUCGCAAUAAAGGACCUGUGUUCGAUUCUUUCGGGGAAUGAAGUUGCUCAACUAGAUGCCCAAAAACGUUGGAAGUUCGCGUUUAAUCAGAAUUUUGAACACGAUAGUUGGAGAGUUUACGCAAAUGUUAUGAUGGCUAAGAUUGCGGAAUUAUGGAAAUUGGAAGAAUUCGACUCCGCUGUCACGUUGGUCAAUAGUCUUCGUUCAGAAUUCCCGCGUGUUGCCCCGAGUCCGACGAUUGCAAGUAUGUUAAAUACCCUGGAAGCAGAUAAUCUUACCAUUCAAGCUUCCAAGCUACUCAGAGAAACGCGAUUGAAUGGCUUCGGGAACAAUCCUGUUCUGGAAAACGUAAUUUCAAGGUUGUUGACGGUGAAAGCCUUGGAACGAAUAUCUCGUCCGGGUCUUCUGCCCACACCUAAGCCGAGGAAUGAAAAGCGUCGAGGGAUGGUGACUUGUUUAGAUUUUGUUCAAUCCAUGUUCCGACUUUCGAUUGAAACGAGCGAAGAGAAGAUUUCAUCUUCAGCGAAGACAAUAUGGGACGAGUUAUUCGAAGCCUUGUUACAUCCAAAUGAGUUCAAAUCGCGACUGGUUUUGAACCGAACGAGCAUGCGACCUUGUUUAGUGUUAAUCUCUCAGCCGCGGAUUAUGCGAUUGAUAAUCUCUUUGUUUGCAAGUCUUUUGAAUGCUGUCAAUGAUAGUCCACUUGGUAAAGUGCAAUACGAGUUGGAAGAAUUGUGGCCGAUUCCGUUGUCACGAGUGGAUAAACCUGAGGUGGUCGAAACCGUAGUUGAUUUGAUCCUGCUUUUCUUGGAUUACGGAUUGACAAUUUGGCCGCGAGUGGGACAAUGGAUCAAGACCAGAGCUGACGUUUAUUUAUCAUUCGGAUGCCAUUACCCCGCUCUCACGAAUUAUCUGGAGUUUAUUUCCUUGAGCACUCACUUCUUCAGCGUUGAUAGUUCUUUAUUGUGCGAGGAUCUGUACAACAGAUUGAUCACUUGCUGUUCAGCCUUGCGGAAAUGUACUUUCGCGGCGGUGAUGUGUCAGUACCUGGAGGACGAUGGAAAAUAUGAAAAAGCUUUUCGACUUCUAAGAGACCAUGUGUCUACUGAUGGGACGGAUUGUUUAUAUGAGCUAUUUUGGGAUUGUGCGAUGCUGGAAUUUCUCGUGGAUUUUCACGCAAUGAGGGGGGAAGUUGGCAAGAUGAAAUACGUUUUGAAGUUGAUCAGGGAACUGGAGACGAGUCCGUUAGAAAAUUGUGAAAUGGCGUUAGACUUGAGGUGCUUGAAGAAGUUUCGUUUGUUGAGGGAACUGGCU